AUGGCCAAGAUCAAGAUUGGCAUCAAUGGAUUCGGAAGGAUUGGCCGGACGGUGGCCAGAGUUGCUCUGCAGAGAGACGACAUUGAACUCGUUGCCAUAAACGAUCCGUUCUUGACUGCUGAUCACAUGAGUUACAUGUUCAAGUACGACAGUGUUCAUGGGCAGUGGAAGCAUGGCGAGCUUAAGGUUAAGGAUGAAAGCACACUUCUCUUUGGUGAUAAGGCCGUAAAGGUUUAUGAUUCUAGUUGUUUGUUUACCUUACCUAAUGAAAUCCCAUGGGAAGAUGGUGGUGCUGAAUUUGUCGUCGAGUCCAGCGGUGUUAACUCAGAUCAGGAGAGAGCAUCACGCCACCUGACGGCUGGUGCAAAGAAAGUAAUCAUUUCUGCGCCAAGUGACGAGUUUCCCAUGUUUGUUGUGGGUGUUAAUGAGAAGGACUACACUCCAGAUCUUAGCAUUGUUUCGAAUGCAAGCUGCACUACUCACUGUCUUGCUCCACUGGCAAAGGUUAUCCACGAUAAAUUUGGUAUCGUAGAGGGUCUUAUGACCACUGUCCAUUCAGUUACUGCUACUCAAAUGACUGUUGAUAGUCCACUAAUGAAAGACUGGAGAGGUAGUAGAGCUGCUGGCCGUAACAUCAUUCCGACUAGUACUGGAGCUGCCGAGGAUGUUGGUAAAGUGCUGCCUGCUCUAAAUGGGAAGUUGACAGGAAUGGCCUUCAGGGUUCCCACUGUUGAUGUGUCCGUGGUUGACCUCACAGUAAGACUUGAGAAGAAGGCUGCCUAUGAUGAGAUUAAAAGUGCUAUCAAGGAAGAAUCUGAGGGUAACCUAAAGGGAAUCCUAGGAUACAUAGACGAUGAUUUGGUGUCCACUGACUUUGUGAGUAACCACAGGUCGAGCAUUUUCGAUGCCAAGGCUGGAAUUGCUUUGAAUGACAACUUUGUGAAGCUUGUCGCUUGGUAUGACAAUGAGUGGGGUUACAGCUCACGAGUUAUCGACUUGAUCUGUCACAUGGCCACAGUUGCAUAA